UAACAGGAUUCCCAUUGUGACCCUGAAGGCAGCACAGGGACUGCUGUAAACUGCGUAGUGGCUGUAUGGAUCGCCUCCACCUACAAGGGCGGGUCUUUUCUGUGUCGCUGCUACAGGGAUACCAAGAUGGAAAUGCAGGGGCUUUCUGAUGCCCAAAACAUUCACUCUCAACAUGGCGCCCUACAUAGAAUCACUCCCUCUCGUCUGCGACCAGCCACAGCGUCGAUUCCUCGUUUUAUUUCCACCGAAAACGAAGCGGACAGACUACUUGAGUCGCCUGAUUUACAGAGUAAAAACAACAACAGCAACAACAGGCCAAGGACAUCACCGUUUCACCUACUGGUGGAAAAUGGCAGCGGCGCUUGUUCGCCUGUCACUAAACCACCAGCAACCAAUAGACAAAGUGCCGGACUUCAACACGUAACGUCCAAUAUAGAGAGAGAAAAUGAGCUCGUCGCACUACUUAGUUCGCAGGAGUUUGGAAGGACUGCCUGUAAAUAUGGUGUAGAGAACGAUGAUACCAUAUUGCAAAUGGCGCUGCCUCUUUUUGAAGGGGAAGAGGAAUCGAUGCCGCAGCGGCAUUUAACGUUACCGUCUCCAGUUUUACGGCAGCAGCGCGAAGACUGCGCCUUCAAGCACCCCUCUCUGGCCAGCCACAGCGCUGCUGCGCCGGGGAGCUUGAAUAGGGCGGACAAAACCACGAAGGAAUUGUAUGUCGUGUUUAAUGUCGUCCAGGAGAAUGGCAACGGUGAGGCCAACAAAGUCCGAGCGGAUGUAUCAUGCGAGGACAGCGAUAAAAUGAAAGGUAAAAUGCCAGAGUGCUCUAAAUCAAGUCCUGGUGGCUCCAUGGAGGUGGGAAACAGCAGCGACGUUAGUCUCUGUGAAUCUAAUGACAACCUGAACUGUCUCGAUACCCAGGUCCUGAAAAAAACUGAGCAUGUUUUUAAUUUGACAAAUGACACUUCGAUUGUGACUAAUGCUAAACAGACUGUCUACUGCCACACUGUCGAAGACGUUGUUUUGACGAACAAAUAUGGCGAUAAGAUUUGUGGCCAGAUUUGUACCGAAAACAAUGAAAGCAAACUGGUAAGGGAACUUUCGUCGCACUCCCGUAUUGACGAGAGCAGCGCCUUGAUGACAGGGAGCUCGGGCAUCGUGGACUCCAUGGACACCUCGGACUUUAUUUCAGAUUCAUCGAGGCUGCUGGAUAGUGCAAACCCGAUCACGGCCUCCACAAGUCCGCCUGCUAGUGAGACCUUUUCCGGAACUAUCACGAUCAACAACCAAAGCAUCAUAGUGACCAUAGAAAACGGGAUACUGACUCUCGCUGCCCCACCGGAAGGAUAUGUACACAAAGAAGAUGACAUGGUCAGUCUAAAGGAGCACCUGGGUAUGAAAGAUCAUGAGGAUAUUGUUCUUCUCAACUAUGAUAGUGGCACAAAAUCUAUCGGGAAGAUCAGCAAGCUGGCGGUAUCGAGCUCCAGCCAGCAGGACGAGCCCAGGCCCGGUUUGUCUGUGAGCGACUCUGAGCUGGCUCUGGUGGAUGACUGCUCAUUGUCAGAGCUUGGUACUUCUCUGGACUCAUGUCCCAUCGUCAAGCAGGAAGCUGGUGUGCUGUGUGCUGUAACAGAGGCUGACCUGGUCAUUCCGCACCCCAAAGCCACUGUUGCAGACUGUGUCAACGGGGACUUGCAGGCCAUACCACUAAUCAAGUUCAAGAAAGAGACAGUGGCCUCGUUUGGCUGUCCAGAGCCGGGCUGCUCCUGUAUAUUUGACACACGUCAGAAGCUCAAGGUUCAUCUCCUGAACCAUGCAGACGACCCACGUCCCUACCAGUGCACCACUGAGGGCUGCGGAUGGGCUUUCGCCACCUCAUACAAGCUGAAGCGUCAUCUUCAGUCCCAUGAGAAGCAGCGGCCACAUACCUGUCAGUUUGAAGGCUGUGGGCGGCGUUUCACCACAGUCUACAACCUGAAAGCUCAUGUCAAAGCCCAUGAACAGGGAAAUGCCUUCAUCUGCGAGAUCUGCAGUGAGAGGUUCCGUAGCGCUACAAGACUCACUAAUCACCAGAGGGUCCACUUUGAACCGCAGAGGCCGCACAAGUGCGAAUUCCCAGGCUGUGAGAAGACCUUCAUCACCUUCAGUGCCCUGUUCUCCCACAAUCGCACUCACUUCAGAGAAACGGGCCAAUUCACCUGCACCUACCCAGGCUGUGACAAGAUGUAUGACAAGGCCUGUCGUCUCAAAAUCCAUAUGAGAAGUCACACUGGUGAGAGGCCUUUUGUGUGUGACUCAGAGGGCUGUGGCUGGUCCUUCACCAGUAUGUCUAAGUUACUCCGUCAUAAACGGAAACAUGAUGAUGACCGUCGCUUUGUCUGUACAGAGGAGGGUUGUGGGAAAUCCUUCACCCGUGCAGAACACCUCAAAGGUCACAGUAUCACCCAUCUGGGCACCAAGCCCUUCCAGUGCCAUGCAGAAGGUUGUAAUGCGAAGUUCUCAGCACGCAGCAGCCUGUACAUCCACUCCAAGAAACAUAAGCAGGAUGCCAGCACCCUGAGGACCCGCUGUCCUGUGGCUAACUGCUCCAAGCACUUCUCCUCCCGCAGCAGCCUUAAGAGCCACAUGCUCAAACAUCACCACCUCAGCCCUGAUGUUCUUAGCCAGAUGGAGACCACACCCACCCUGACCCCCAGCAGCGAGCUCAUCAGCUCCACCCCAACAACAGUUGCAGGACCUGGUAUUGCCGGGAGCGAUCAGCUGACCAACUUGGACCUCAGCUCUCUUUUUUCUGCUGUGCCUGGAGGCAGUGUGCCCACGACUGGUAUUGGAGUGGGAAUUCCCGUUGGGGGGAGCAGCUCCAGUGGCACUUUCACCAUGGACCUCUCCCUGGUCAGCUCAGGCAUCCUCACCAUCGACCCUUCCUCAGUCAGCACUGCACUCGGCACCGGUACUAGCACAGCGUUGGCCAAAGCUGUGGACCCUCUUAUCCUGGCAGCCAGUGCUGACAUGGGCCCCCACCAUGGUCUGGAAGGAACAGUGGGGGACGUCCUCCCCCCACAGGGUACUCUCAAUCUGGAUGAUGUGCAGACAGUAACCCCAGAGGCCCUAGGGACCCUCACAGCCCUCACCAUGCAGGGUGCUGCUGCCUCUGUGGACCCCACUCUACAGCACCCACUCAGCUCCUCCAGUACCCUGAGCGUGGAGCCCACAGCCAUCCUGGCAGUUGCCCCUGUUGCUGAGCUGCUGGCCUCACCCUCAAAGGUGGUGGAUGUUGGGGGCUCAGGGGGAUCAGGGCCUCUGCUGGGCUGCGUGGAUGUCCUGGGGCCGCAAGAGGGAGGAAAAGUUCUCACUCAGUUUGUGUUUCCCAGUCACAACAGCAGCUUCAACCCACAGAAAGAGCAGGAACUCAACGCAGUGUCACCAAGCAGCUUCCUGGAGAGUGGAGGCUCUGCCAGGACUGACUAUAGAGCCAUCCAGCUGGCCAAGAAGAAGAAGCAAAGAGGUCCCUCAGCCUCCCCUGGGAGUUCAGCAUCGAGUCAGAGAAGAACCAAAGGAGCGAAGACUGCCAUGGUGCCUGCGUCGACAGCUCCCUCUAGUGCUCGUUAUGGAGAAGGAGGGGCAGCAGCUAAUGGGGGUCUGACUCUGCGUGACCCCGUCACUGGGGCCCAGUAUGUCCAGAUUCAGCUGCUGCAGGAUGACCCAGCCAGUGAUGGUGACCUGGCCUUCCAGCUGAGUUCACAGUCCUCCAGCUCCCACUCUCAGCUCACUGCUGACCUGCCCGUCAACAUUUUACAGGAACCUUCAGUGAUGACGGAGGAAGACAACGGCUCCGACAACUCUCAGUUCACAGGAAGCACAAUCAACCUUCAGGACUUGGAGUGACCGCCACAGAGUACCUGCAGUUCAGAGGCUUGCUGCAGUGAUGGACUUCUUCACUGUACACAGUUUACAGCAACAAACAAACUCUGAGAUGUUGAACUCCAUCAGACAGUUGCCUUGCCUUUUCCCGGGAGGUGUCAGUCAAUUAAAGUUAAAGUUUGGGGUGGAGACAUGAGUCCAGAUGAUGCACCUUGAGAAGAGGAGAUGAGGUUUCUUUUUUCAGAAGAUAAUUAUGUGUUUAUUUCAGUCCAGUUUGUACCAGAAUCAAGCCUGAGAGUGUUCCAAUGUCAAAUACACAUGUGAGACGCUCUGUGUCCUGUGGGUUUUGACAGUAAUGGUGUUUAUUUUAUGGUGCCUCAUUGUCACUCAUGCACACACAGUAUGCUGUCUGCGCUCCAGUUGCCUUACAGACACCUCACACUGUGCAUUCCUCCUCUGGCCUGUUAUCUGCUUUCUGUGUUGCUAUUUUGUUUUAUAUUUUAGUUGAUUUAUUUUUCUAUGGCAGCAGUAAGUCCAUGUUGAAAAUAUGCCUGUUCAUGUCUUUAUAUACAGUCUGUAAUAAGUUACUUCCUUCUUGUGAUUAUUAUUAUUAUUAUUAUUAUUAUUAUUAUUAUUGUAUCUGUUUAUUUAUUAUUAAGCUGUGGGUUUACAGAAUGGCAGAGCCAAACACAGAAGAAUUAAAGAAUGACCCCAAAGCACAAUCAGAA